AUGGCCGACGAUUCACAUCCGAUAGAAAACAUAGUGCUGGUUGGAUUAAGAGGGAACGGAAAAAGCGCCACCGGGAAUAGCAUUGCUGGACAAAUGGUGUUCAAGUCGAUGUCACAUGUAAGGAAAAGGAAUGCGAGAAGUCUGUAUGAUUUGUCUGACUCAGCUGAUUUUAUAAGUAAAGAAAUUGUCAGAUGCUUAACCCUAGCGGAAGGAGGGCUACAUGCUGUACUCUUAGUUGUAUCGGCCAAAAGUAGAUUCUCGAAAGAGUUAGAGAAGGAACUUAGUACCUUGCAGGUACUUUUCGGGAGUCAAAUUGUUGAUUAUGUUAUCGUUGUUUUCUCGGCGGGGGAUAUGUUAGAAGAGGAUGGUGAGACACUGGACAAUUACUUGGGUGAUUGCCCCGACUUCAUAAAGAGAGUUCUCAAACUGUGUGGCCAACGAAUGAUCCUGUUCGAUAACAGAACCAAGGACGAGGCUAAAAGGACAAAGCAAGCCCAUGAGCUUCUCAACCUUAUCGACCUUGUCAGAAAGCAGAACAACAAUAUACCGUAUACUGAUGAGAUGUACCAUAAGAUAAAGGAAGAGACUGAUAGAUACAAGAAAGAACAAGAGGAGACUGAAUCAAAAGGGCAUUCAGGAGAACAACUUGAAGCAAUGAGGAAGGAGUUACAGUUGGUGCAUGAAAAGAACCUCAAGGCAGUGGCAAAUAUGUUGGAGUAUAAAAUUAAAAUAGCUGCUGAGGCGCAUAAGGGGCUCUUUGAAGCCCCAGGAGUAAGUUAUAUGCGAAGACCGCAGGAGGAGAUCCCCCAUGAAAAAUUGGCAAGGCAUGAUAUUGGUAGUUUAUAUAGGUCAUAUGAGUUGGAAGCUCAAGCAGGAAUUAAAAGGAGUGAACGAUGCGCCAUUCUCUGA